AUGUUAAAAAGACCGCCAGAGAUGCCAAGCGAAAAGCCCAACAAAAAGAGAAAAGUAGUAACUUCCCCUACCCCUUUAAAUUGGAACAAAAAAUCCUGUUUCAAUUUAAAGUGGUGCUAUUUUUUUUUAAAAAUAAUUAUAUUUAAUUUUUCUGUAUAAAAACAAUUUUUUAAAUAAUUAAUUAAAUUGUUGCAUUGUUAAAAGUCGGCUGAGGAUUUCCCCCUCUGCAAGCUCUACAACUCUUGAGAAGCUACCGACUGACGCCGACUGCCUCGCCUGGCUUCACCAUGCCUGACUUGCUCCUGGGACGUCCGUUCGCUAUGGGCCUAGAGCCUGGAGUAACAUCUACUUUCAAGCUGAGCACCUAGUGUCUUGAGGGUCCCUAAUAUGUGUAGGGGAACGAUGGCUGACCGUGCUGAUACAACUCUAUGUCAGAAGAAAAAUACCACAUCCAAGAUAUUAUACCCUCUGGUGGGAGAAAAACUUCUGCUCGAAUGCAUUUAAGGAUACAUGCUGUUUCUCGACUUGGUUCCUUGCCUGAGGUGUUGCGUCAAGAGAGUUAAAGUGGUCGGCUCCGCCAUAUUAAUGUAUUAUGAAGAAUUAAUUCAAAAUUAAUGAAUUAUUUAAAUAAUAUUCUAUUUGCACUUUUUCUAUUAAGUUAGGUCAAUAAAAAUUAGUAUUUUAUUGAAAAAAAAAUUGCUCAAUUUAAAGGGAGGUUAAAGUACCCAAAAAAUGGAAAUUUUACCAAUAUUUUUGUUCCAAUUAAAAAGCGGGAGAGGGAGUAAGCAAUUUGCUUAUAACCCAAUUCUUCAAAGCUCCAAAAUCUGAAAAUGAAAUACCAAUGAAUGAAAAGCCUAAAAUCUUGGAAACCCAGUUCUCAAGUAAAGCUCCUUUUAAACCAUCUCCUAUUGUGGAGUCUCAGAAAACAAAGCAUGAAAAUUGAACUCAAAUGCUGACACCUGAAGAAAAAUUGACUCAGUCAAAAAUUGAGCAUGAGCCAGAUGAUGAGUUUUAUUUGAAUUUUUUUAGAAGCAUUUUUGAUGUCCUUAAACUAUAUGGGGAUAUUUUGGUAAAUCACGAAGAAAUAAAAAUUCUUGAUGAAUUUGAAAAUUUAACUGAGCAGGCGAAGAUUAUGUAUGUUAGGCUUUUUAUGAGAAAAAAGGCAUGGGUGGAUUUUAACAAUUUGGAAUAUAAAAAGAUCACAAACCAGCUUGAAGCAAGCCAAGAGCUUGUAGGAGUUGGCCUCGCGCGAUCAUCAGUUAAUUAAGAUUAUUGAAAUGUUUACUGUCGGCAUUUAUCCCACCUUGCUUAGCUGGGUGGUCCGCAGCCCAUCCUUCGGAAUACGCUCGUAUCACCUUGAUAUUCCCAUCUGAGAGAUUGCCGAUUUUUGUGUCAACAUUGGUUGCCUUCCAAAAAAUUCAAAAAUUGAACAUCCGAUGAGUGCUGUGAUGAAACGCUCAGCAUUGUGUGGAGAAAAACCGAAUGGCCUAGGAAUCCUAGGCAGUGCUGUGACUUCCUAAUCUAGCACUGUGCUCUGUCUCCCCACGUGAAUGCAGACCAACCCUGAUAUGAACUUGGCUAGUCACCUAGCGUUCCAGCCCUAUCAAAUAUGCCAAAACCUGUCAAGAUCCACCUACUUAUCGCCUUUCUCUUUUUUCUUAGGUUCCGCCACUCAAAUUUGCCUGGGCUACCGAAAUCGAGAAAAAGUCUUUCGCCAUAUCAUUUUUAAUAUAUAUCCUCUUGCGAUCAUCCAGGACUGCUUUUUUAUGUGAAGACGUUCAGUUUACCUACGAGUUUCUUUCAUCUUUAAACAAAGACCUUCUUUCAAAGCUAGAAUCCCAUUUGCGAAGCUUAAUCUCAAUCCUUAACCAAGAUGACCACAUUUCCCAGCCUCUUCCCCCUCUUGAAAAAUAUUUUCAAAACCCUUUAUACAUGGCAUCCAGAAAAUCGUCUCUUCCUGAGGUUCAUGAGCUGUCCUUUGCCAUAACCAAGUUAGCUGAAACCAAGCCUUCUCCAAAGCGGCAUUUCGUAGAGCUCGUAUUAGAACAGCUCAGAUACUUAAAUGACUUAAAAUCUGACGUCAUAAUUUCAUUAAAAGUAGAAUCCAUUGCAAACCAAACGCAUUCUCCUUAUGAUUCAUGACUAAGCUGUGUGAUCCCACCAGAGUUUCCAGCAUUUUUAAGGCUGACUGAUUCAUCUAUCUCUUUAUUUACAAGGCUUCAUCACGCAUUUUCAUUUUAUACAUGUGAAAACCUUAUGCAAGAACUUAUAGUCCAAAGGAUGAAGCUGCUUAAAUAUGCUGAUUUUAGGUGCUAUGUGCUAAAUAAAACUGAAAAUCCUAGCAUAUUUAUGCCUAUUUAUAAAAACAGAACUGAUGCAAUAGAAAUGGAAGAAGCAUUUAGCUUAUAUAUCGUAUUAGAAAAGCUACGAGAACAUAGGCUGCCUAUAGAAACCAAUUAUGAGGUUUCUAAAGGUAUAGCAUUAAUAGCACUAAAACGAUUUGGGGUUUAUUCAUAUGGAGAUGUAGAAGAUUCUCUCGAAAUUUUUAUGAAAAAUUACACAAAUGAUAGAAUUAAUGAUUGGAAGCUGGAAUAUGAGAGUUUAUACCGCUGGUGUAAGGUACUGUAUUUAUGCAUUGAGUUUAUUGAGAGGGUAAAAGACUAUUCUUUAGCUGUAAUAGCACUAAUUACUAUUUUAAGCCACUCUUAUUAUCAAAAUAAACGUGGACAUUGGUGGGAAAGAUUGAUAAUUAUAACUCGGGCUCAUCUAGCUUUGAAAUCUCAGUCUACAGACUUAGUUCACUUAGCUUUGAGCGAUCCACUAUUGAGAUCUGGAAGAAGAAUUACAUUAGAAAGACAAGCUCAAAGACUAGGAAUCCCUCAUACAGCUUCAGAGCUGUUUGGAAACGAGUAUGACUCUUAUAAUCAUCCUCUUUUCCAAGACAUCACAACUUAUGCAGCCUGCAAAAAUGAAGACGGAAGGCCGCUUUUCAAGACAGACUCUGGGGAAUUUUUAGCAGUCGAACAAUACGCCCUUUGAUGGUACAGUAAAGAUGGCUGAAAAGGCUACCAUAGUGAAAAUCUGAUUCUCCCAAGCAUUUAUGCUAUCUUAAUGUGGAAAGCUAUUUUUUAUGAUGAAGUUCCUUAUGUGUUCCAAACUCCUUUUCAAUCAUUUCCAUUAGAUUAUAAAUCAGAUGAAUUUUAUAUCAAAAGAAAACAUAUGUUUGAUUUAGCUUUAAAUGAGCUUGAAAAUUGUGAAGACCUUUAUUUUUAUUUUGUAGGGCUAUAUGAAAAAUAUUUAAAUACAACCUGUGCGUUUAUUUCAUGGGCUGCUUGUGAGUCCUGGGGAAAGCAUAAUUUAGGGGUUAUAGUAAAAGGUCUUGGGAAAAAUGUGCUGAAAAAAAUAUGCGAAACUUUUGCUAUGGAUUUUAAGCACCAUAUUCAUGGAAUGCCUGAUCUUGUCUUAUGAAGAGGAGAGGAGGUAAAAUUUUCUGAAAUAAAAUCUACAAAUGAUAGAUUGAGCGACCAUCAAAGGUUUUGGAUAAAACUGCUGAGUAUUUAUGGGUGCAAAAUUGAGGUAUGCCAUGUUAUUGCUUCUAAUUAA